CUGCUCCUCCCAGUCCCACCGUAUUCUCUCCAAAAUUCUCUGUUUCCGCGCUUAUUCAAGAUCCUUGGCCUUCGACUUCCAAAGCUCUUCCUCAAUCAAUGCAAGAAGAUAAUGAUAGGCCCUCCUCUUCUCGUAAUGCUUUUGGAAAACUGAUAUCAUUCAUGCAAGAUAUUGAUGCAGAAUUGGCAGGACUUUCAUAUAAGUUUUUGUCAAGUUAAAAUCAUAAUAAAUUGUGAUUUUUGGAAAAUAUGUACAAAACUAUGUAGACUAUUUACAUAUUUUCUUGUAAAUUUAAUGUUUCCAAAUAAGAAAUUGCAAACAUUGUAUGUAUCCAUAAAGUUCCUUCCACAAUAAAUUGUAUUCUUCUCUUAAAAUUUUGUUAGAUUUCUAAUGGUUGAUUUUAGGUUUAUGGAAGUGUGAAUCCUUAGUUACUAUUAAUUGGCUUAGGUACAUAACCCAACUAUCCCAACUAUUAACUUGGUUCAGCCUUAAAGUGCCCAAAAUGCGUCCAAAUCAAGUUCAGUUUGAAACCAAUAGCUGAUUAAUUAUCAUGUCUACUCAAUGGGUUCUACCCAAACCUAACCCUACUUCAAUCGACCUCCAACCUGAAAUAUUGGUUCCAUUCAUCUUAAUUAGUAUCUAAAAUUUGAAAAACAAAAUAAUUUAAGGCACACAAAGAUUUGUAUAAGAUAAAAUUCGGUAUUUAACAGAUUUUCAUUCCAAAAUUAUAGUGUUGCAAAAGGUUUAGAAGAUAAGUGUUUUACUUCUGCACAUGCUCAGAUAUGGCAUUGGGGUGAGUAUCAAAUUCAGGCUGAGGCAUGAUGCUGGAUGCUGCAGCUUGGAAGCUGGCAUGCUAUAAUUGUUUCCAACAUGCUAUUUUUGUGAGCUACAACCAACCUAGGUCUCUGCCUUCAGUUCAUAUUUUCUAUGACAUAGUAAUUACCUUCUAUUUCGAAGUUUUCCCCAAUUGUGAUGGCUAGUGAGCAGUGACUGCAAUACAUGACAGAGAUCACUCACAUGGAUUAAGGGCUCCAUGAGUGGUGAUCUUCUAGAGCAAAAUCUGACAUGCACAGUGACAUGUCAGAGGCUUGUGCUAGAAAUGUACCAGCCAAUACAAUAUUAACAUAAUUUUCCACCUUUUUCAUCAUAGCUAAGGGUCAUCAUUGUUUGUGUUAACAUUUGUUAGUAUUCCUGAAGAUACAACCCUGCACGUGUUGGCAGAAAUGGAUCCAUGCAACUGAUCCAACAUAGGUGGACCAACUUCCAACAUAGUUCGACUUGCGGCUGUUGUAGGUCAUGUAUAAUUGAGUUCAGUGAACUGCAAGAAUGGUCUGUUCAGCUUAUUGUACCACUGUGUUCAAACUACAUCGUCACUAUUGUUUAGAUACUGCAGUGCACAGAUCUUAUUGGUGGAAAAAGGAUCCAUGUAAUUGAUCCAACUUCGUUGGAUUGACGGCUAUUGUAGAUCUUGUAUAAUAGAGUACAAUUGACUUCAAGAAUGGUGUAUUCAGAUGUGCAAACUACAAUUUUUCUAUUAUUUUAUUAGAGUCCUCUGUAUAUUGUAAUCAUAUGUAGCAAACUCUCAUGGUUUGAAUCCCUUGAUGAAUUUAAUUUCAAAACAUCUUCCAACAAAAGCAUGGCUUGGUUUUGUAAGUUGUGCCAUACCAUUUCACUUUGUCCAUCCACACAACUUCUGGCAGAAAAUUCCCGUGUCAGAUAUGCAGGCAAUUAAUCCUUUAUUGGGGGCUGAAAAAUAUCAGGUUUAUGCUGAUCCUUCUAAUGAUCAGGUCUUUGGUGAAGCAACUAAUAUGUGUGACAACAGUGGGAUCGCUGAAGUUGAACUGUGGCUCAAGCAAAGGACAUUUUCUAGAGAACAGUCCAAUUAUUUGAAGGAGUUAUUGCAGUCAAGGACGAGAGACUUUGAUUGCCAUGGAGAAACUGAAGGCAUAUUGAACCAAAAAGUUUCAAUUAAAUCACAAUCUACUGUGCUGCCUGGGCAUUUGUUAACACCAAAACCUGAGGAAUAUUUAAAGAUGAAAGUUGUAAAUGAUGUUAGUUCUUCAGCUGUUGAAAUUGCAAAAGCCUACAUGGAAGGACUGGUUACUGAGUCUUUCCAUGAACCUCGCAAGUCAGGAUUAAAGAAUAUGACUGCAGACAAUAAUGCAUUGGCAUCAGAAAUCGCUUGCUCAUCGGUGAUUAGAUCGCCUGUAUGCUGGCCUGGAGCAAUUGUGGAGAAUAAUGAAACCCAUCUUACUCUUAAAACUUCUAGAUCCAAGGUUGAGCCAUUUAGUUCCCGACGGGCUCCUUACUCUGGUUCGAUUUUCUCAAAAGCUAAGUUUCAAGAUGGUGGAGAACGUCGAAGGACUCAAACUGUUUCAUCAUUUGGGUGGAAGGAAUCUUCUACUGCUCUUAGUGGCAUCACAGUUCCCCCAAAGUAUGAUGCAUCAACUCCUUCCAAAGAAUUACUUGAUUCAAAUCUUGCUAUUUUUUCCUCUACGCCAUCAUCAAUUCCAAAUGCCAUGAAGAACUUAUCUUCCACUUGGAAAGCAAAUUAUGUUCCACCAAAAUCCAGUCAAGCAGCUAUGAAAAUACUGGAGCACCUCAAUAAAACCAUUCCUUCUCCCAAGGAGAAGCUGAUACAUGCAAAUCCAGAAGUACUUGAAAUUAAAUCUUUCUCAAACUUUGCUACUGAUUGCCAUGCAAAGAAACCUGCUGAUGAUGAAGAGGCAAAAGCCUCAUUGUUCAGUAAGGGUGUUGGUAAGGAAGAAAAUUUUUUUGAAGAAAAGGCUGUAGCCAUGCCAACUAUGAGCAAAGAUGAUAACGCGGUUUUGCUGUCUGCAACUCCAACUCCAAUGACCAAAGACCAUAAAUUGCCAGGGGCCAAUAAGAAGAGUUAUGAUGCAGCCAUUAAGGUUGCUGUUUCUGGUUCCACACCUCUAAAUGCUUCAUCCAAAACGCCAUCUAUGCCUGUCUUGACUUCAUCAUCAACAUACGUACCCUUCAAGUUUCCUGUUUCCAGCUCCACCUCUUUAAUUGCUUCCCUUGAACCACCAGCAAUGCCUGCCUCCACUUCACCUGCCAUGUCCACAAUGCCUACCUCUGCUGCUAAUAACAUGCCAUCAUUUAUCUUUAGCUCACCUUGCCCUAACAGUGGCCUCAAUUUCUCAUUAGCAACUACUUCCAACCCUACUGUGACUGACACACCAGAGCCGCAGUUCAAGUUCGGAUCUGGAGAUCAGCGCAGCUUAUCAUUCUGGUUUAGGAACACAGAAAGUGCACUCUAUUAGUGGUUAUUGAAAUACCAAUCAAGAUGGAAGCCGAUGGUUAUUUUCAGCAAGAUACAGACUUGUGGAGUGCUUAACUUGUACUCUAUGGUAUGCAAUAUACAACAGUGAAGUAAUUCUGAUCAACGAAUCCAGUUCACUUAGUGUGUUUGGUUGUCCUACAGAUUAAGCAAACAGCUAAUCAUUUUUUGAGUUGGCUUAGUUGAUAAAGAAAAAGUUAUAUGAUGUUUAACCAAGGAAAACAGUUUAAGAGCUACUUUUGUAUCUAUAACUACUGUAUAAGAUUGAGUAGGGAAUAUAUAUUACUGGUAGAAAGCUGGGAAGGACAAGCGUUUACCAUAGUUUGUGUGGUUAAUCCAAA